AUGCAAGUCCGUCACACAUACCCCAGCAACACAAACCCUCCACUAACACGACAAUCACUUAGAACCAGAAAGGUCAAGUGUGACGAGACGUGGCCCAAAUGCAAUAGGUGCACCUCCACAGGCCGCACAUGCGACGGCUACCGACCACCUCCGGCGGGCUCUCUCUCCUGGGACGUGCUGCUCCGUCCCCAGCCGCGCCUCCUCCCCUCCGCAGACGGCCGCGAAACCCGCAGCCUGUCCUUCUUCCACCGUGCCGUGGCCCCCUUCAUCUCGGGUCCCUUUGACGGCUCGUUCUGGACCCAUUUCGUCACGCAGGUUGCCCAUGCCGAGCCCGCGGCGCGUCAUGCCGUCAUGGCCGUCAGCUCACUCUUCGAGAACUUUGACCCCAGCGUAUGCGGGGUAGCAACGAUGGAUAGGUUUGCCAUAUUCCACUAUAACCAGGCCAUCAAGAAGCUUGUCGAAGAUCCCUCCCCGGACAUAGAUCUCGUGCUGCUCGUCUGCAUCCUCUUCAUCUGCAUCGAGUUCCUGCGCGGCGAUCGACACACAGCCGUCAACCAUGCCCACCACGGUGUGCAGCUGCUCAACCAGGCUGGCAAGAAUUCCAAACUCACAGCUGUAUUUUCGCAAAUGAGUGUCUUUCCCCUGUUCUUUGUCCAGUCGGGCACUGAUUUUCCCCACCUCACCACGCAUGCCUUUGACAACAACGCCGCCAACCCUGUGUUUCGCACUCUAAUAGAGGCCCAGCACGCGCUUGAUCUUCUCGGAAUUCGCACUUUUAGGCUCAUGCGCGCAGCGAACCCUUACCGGUUCGAUGUCGACCCAGGAAGGCCCCCACAAGAAUUGCUCGACGAGCAAUUCUUCCUUGGCCGUGACAUGGCAGCAUGGGGAGAUGCAUUUGCAAGAUUUCAGGCAUCACGUGCCACCGGCAGUCGAGAAGAUGCAACAUCCCUGGCGCUCAAAACUCGGCAGUUGAUUGCCAGGAUCUGGAUUGCAGAGUGUCUCAACAAAGAAGAGAUGGGCUACGACGCGCGCAAGUCUGAAUUCGAAGAGAUUGUGAGGUGUGCGCGCCUCGCGGCCGAGCAGAACGACUCGCUUGAUCGAGAGGGACUCCCUCGGCCCAAGUUCAUGUUUGACUUGGGGUUCAACCCGUGGCUGCACUUUCUGAUCAUCAAGUGUCGCUACUUUAACUUGCGCGUCGAAGCGCUGGCGUUACUAAAGAAACUCUCGUAUGCGCGAGAAUCGCUCUGGGAUGCAUCUCUGGUGUACGACGUGUCAAAGCGCAUUAUAGAAGUCGAACACAAUGUCAAACUCCCUACUGACAAGGUUAUUGACGAUGAAACGCUGCCGACAGACGUGGAGAGGGUGAGGGGCUUCUUCUGUGAUAGAGACAGGCCCGAGACCCCGCUCUGGGAUGAUAAGGAGACGCUGGCAAGGAGGCCGAUUGAUCUGGUGGUUGGAAAGCCCGGCGGUGGUAUCGAAGUGAGGAGGGACUUCAUCGGCGAGGACGUUUCGCACAGCAUAUCGCUAAACCUGACCCUGAUCGGAUUCUAG